AGAGAGAGAGAGAGAUUUUAACAUCCAUUUAUCGCACCUUUUCUCCUCUUUUUCACACAAAUCAACGCAUUUUCCUCCUCUCACCCCAAAAAUCCCGAUUUCCCAACCACGCGCGUGAAAUUAUCCAAUAAAUCCCACGACGAGAGACGCGUGCGAAUUUGCUUAAAUUGAAAACCUUCUUGUGAUAAAGUUAAAAUAUGGGAUUUCUCCAUGGGACUCUCACAGCACUGGUCAUCGUCAAUCUCUGUGGAUUAUCUCAGCAACAGGAUCAACAGAAUUACUUCUACACACAGAAUCAAGGGCGUUUUGCGCCACCGUACCAAAAUCCGAGGAACAAUGCGUACUUCGGCCAGGCGCAGCCGCGCAAUCCGCAGCCCGGCUCCUUCCAGGAGCAGACGCUGUACGUGGGCGCACCCGGAGCACCCGCAGGAGGCGCCCAGGCCGCUGGACAACUGCCAGAUUCCAGUACGUCGGCGUACUUCCCGUUCCCGCCAUUCACGUUUUCUUUGCAAUUGCAGACAACGCGACAUCCGGAGCUGUUCGAAAUCUCCCCGCGACCAUUUGCCGGACAGCCGCUGAGGAAUAAUGCCUUCCAGUUCCAGAGGAUACCACCGACAGGAGUUCCCCUGCCGCCCCAGCCGCUGCCCGACUUCCCGCCCCGGAAUCUGCCGCCACACCAGGCGGCGGAUCUGUUUCUGAAUCAAAUCGGUCUGGAGCGAGGACAGCAGCAUCGCCAAGACCAACCAGCGACGCGUGAGAAGAAUCCCGGCAGGAAUGCGGGUGCUUUCAAGGCCUCCGCGGCCGAUGAUUACUUAACUAGUCAUGAGGAGACGUUCAGGAGUAGGAAUAGACACCGAACGACGGAAGCGCCGGAGGUGAAGAAUGUGCGGGCAAAACCCACCAAGGGAGUCUCACCAGAUGCCAUAGAGCUCAGGAAGACGCCGCCAGUGCAGAAGAUUCAGCAACUCCUGCGCUCACGGCCGGUGCCUUACGAUCAGCCCGAAGCGACGCCCUUCCCGAAGAAUCCAGAGCCACCAAAAAUCAACAUCAGUCACAACGGCAGCACGAAGCAAUCCAACGAGUUGCCAACACUGGAGGACAACUAUCCGGACUACUAUUACGAUACAGCCGACGAAAAUCUCAUGGCGAGAGUGAAGAAUCCCGAGGAGAAGAAGAGAGUGGCGACGAAGGAGGAGUCAUCGUCGCAAGAGCAAAUCAAUCCGAAUGUUUACGUUCCAAACAUGGUGAAUCUGGACGACACAAGCAAACACAUCAGAGACAACAAGGCCACCUUGGAGGAAAAGCUCCCUGAACCCACGGAAGCUCCGAAAGCUGAAGUGAUCACGGCGAAGGAAGAAGUGCCUGAAGAUCACACAGUCAUUCUCACGUCGAACUUCUAUUUGCCGGAAAAUCAGAACGAAGAGACGCCCGAAGACAAGCUUACUCCCGUAGAAAGCGAUGAUGAGGAGUACGAGUAUGAAGACUACGCGGAUGAGGAUGAAAACAUCCCCCAAAUCACAACUGCGAGUCCCACAUUUGAAACACCAACGGACAAGUCCACAACUCAAGCGCUAGAAACGGAGACGCCCAACAUUGCGUCGCCCAUGAGUUCAGAGAACAUCUCCACGACGACAGAGAGUUGGGUGGUGAUUGCUUCUGUGCAGACGAGCAGAUCUGUUUCCGGAGCGAGAUUCCUGCCCUUCCCUCAAGUCGAGCAGGAGGAGAAGAAGCAGAGUCUGUCGGAUCUGGAGAAGGAUGGCAAGGCGUCAGAGGAAGAAGAGAGUAAAGAUGAUGAUCUGUUGGAGAGAAACAUUGCCAAUUCGACACCUGAACAGGAAGAGUUCACAACACUGCCGAACGAGGAGGAGAUCAAGACGGAUUCCACGCCAGAAGCUACUUCACACUCCGCACCAGCUUCUGGCGCUCCUCAGUCGACAGAGAGCAUAAUCGACAAGCUGGACAGAGUUCAAUCAGAGCUCUCGAGUGGAGUUCUCUCGGGAAAAUUCCCCAUCCUCAAUGAGACUCUCGAGGAUGUCACCACGAAGUCCACGCCUGUUGUUGUGGUGAAGAAAUUCAGUCCACGAACAACUGCUGCGCCCACGUCAACAACAACCACCACGACGAAGAAGCCUGAGAUAAAGAAACUCGUCUUUGAGACACUGCCCAUGGACGAUUUGGCUGCACUUCUGCCGCCCGGAUACAAGAGUCGCGUGGGGUACAAGAACAAGAAGAUCCCCACAACAUCCACAACGACCACAACUGCUGCGCCGGAAGUGAAAAGUAACUCCUCCGCACUGGCAAACCUCAUGAGCAGUAUUUUCGUGAAAGACCUCAGCGUUUUGGGGCUUCUGCCGAAGAACUACACCACAGAAGCGCCUGUGAAGUCUUCGGCUGAUGAUAUCCUGCAGAAGGCGCAGAAAGUCGACAUCAGCGCCUUCCUACCGUCCGGCUAUGUGGCCAGUCCAACCACCCCGAAAGCCGUGCCCAAGAAGCCCUUGACAGUCACUGUGGAGGAUGACAUCAGCAAAUUCCUCCCGGCAGGGUAUAGACUACCCAAGACCACCAAGAUGCCUCCGACAACGUCCACAGCUGCGCCUGCCAUUCCCAUCGUCGAUGAUAUCAGCAAAUUCCUGCCGCCAGGCUUCAAGCUCAACGACAGCGUCAUUCCCAAGGCUGAAAAGGUGGACAUCUCCAAGUUCCUCCCGGCGAACUACACGGAAAAGCCCCAGGAAAUCCAGAAAGUAGUCUCUUCCACCCCAGCGACGACCACAACUGCCAGCGCGAAGGUUGUCUUCCCCAGUCGCCCAGGAUUCCUGGCCAAGAAGCCCGGCCAGAGGCCGACUACACCCAAAUCCACGGAGAGCGGCGGACCACCUUCUCCUGACAUCGUCAUCCGCCACGGCCCGCCCACGAGAGCCACCACGGAGUUCACCGGCUGGCCAACUCCUUCGACAACACCUCUGUCCAUUGAGAAGAUCCUCGAGCGCCAGCGCACGUCGACAGUCGAUCCGCCGGACUUCUUCUCCGCCUCCACGACCGCGCGCACAACCACCACGACCACGACGAGGACCACCACGCAGCGCCCCACGGAGCCCGGCAUCUGCCAGGCGGACUGCGAUCUGGCGGCCACCAUCAAGAUCAUCGGCGGCGUGAUGUGGAAGCCCGAGCUGCUGGACCACAACACGGACGAGUGGAAGAGUCUAGCGCGUGAGAUGGAGACGCAGCUGAACAGCGUGUACGGCAAGCAUCCGAUGCUGAGCAAGUGGUUCAGGAAAGUGCGCAUCGACAGCUUCAGCAAGGGCAGCGUGCUAGUGGAUUAUUUCGUGGAGCUGGCCAACAUGCCCGAGCGCCUGAACACGCUAGAGCUGAAGAAACUCUUCCACUCCGCCCUCACCACAGUUACCACAGAGCCUCCGGAGUACACGACGGAGUUCGAGGAUGACCCAACGACUGACCUGGACGAUGACUUCGGUCCCGUUGUCCGGGAGCGCGUGAUUGAGCCGAAAGCAGCCAAAGAGACUCUCCAACUUGGACACUUUAUCAUUGAUCCCAUCUCCACGGAUUUUAUCGUGAUCCACAAGCAAAUCGCCCCGACAGUGGAGUUCGCCGAGGAGAACCAGCUCCUGCCGCAGUGGGCGAUCGCGGUGAUCGUCAUCGGCGUGGGAUCGCUGCUCUUUGUGAUUAUCUUCGGAGUCACAGUGCUCCUCAACAGGAAGAACAAGGCGAAAAAGAAGGCGCCCGCGCCCCUCACGACUGACAUGUUGAAUGAGCUCAACAAGAAUCACAUGGGCGGCGUGGAGAACUACGGUCACGAGGAGUUCUACAACGUCGAGGACGCGUGGGACGACGAAGCGGACGCGCGACAUCACGAGGGAGGCAAAUCGAAGCGCUAUGGACAUCCGAUGGCCAGCGCGCAGUCCAACAUCUACGACAGCUGGAGAUCUCAGCGGCAUCCCGGCUACUAUUACGACUCGCAUCACUAUCCGCAGAAGGUCGGGCCGUAUCCGGCGGACGCCUUCAUGGACUACCACGCGCCCACGCAGGCCAACUCCAUGCCCAUGUACACGUACAACCCGCGGCGAUAUCGAGACUACGACGAAGACUUUUAG